UUUCGUCGCCGGUGUUGGGCGGUGGCUUUGCUGUGUGUCUUCCAACGUCGCGUGGCCGAUGAGGGGCUCGUCCUGAGGAGCUGCAAUGCCCAACAAGAAGCGGAAAUGGGUUCACUGCGCAGAUCUUGCCUCUUUUCCAGAUGAGAAGCCUGUAGAGGAAGGAAAAUCAAAUGUUGGGACAGUAGUGGCUGCUGCUUCAGUUUCAAGUGCUUGGCUUCGUUGUGGUGAUGGAUUUCAGGUGGAUACCUUGCUGGAGACAUCAAGAUCUUCAAAAAAAGGAUCUAGAGUUAAAAAGAGGUUUACAUCACUAUUCUCUUCAAUUAAUGAAGAAAUCUCUAAAAGCAAGAGUUCAAGUGAAUUCACUGACAUAUUAUGGAGCUCCAGUGAGAGUGACUUGUCAGAUGAUGAAAAUAAUACUUUGUCUUCAAGAUUUCCUUGCAUGAAAAUGACAAAAUAUGAUUUGGUUUCCAAGGAUGGAUGUAGUGAUGGUGAACUACAAUUCAUCGAUUGGGAGAAAGACAGUGAUUAUGAGGGUGACGAACAGUAUGAUGGAUCAAAAACAGGUGACAGUGCUUUGGAUAUAUCAGACACCGAUUCUUGCACAAACAACUUCAUAUUUGAUGAAGAGGAAGGAGGCAAGCCUGCUAAAACAACUUCUAUAGAGAUUUCAGAAUAUUCAUCAGACAAUGAAAAUGUAGAAGAAUGCCGAGUAAAAAAUACUACUGCUAGUUUAGAAUUUCCUAAAAAACUCCAUUUAAGUUUUGGAGAAGGUACUGAGUUGGAUACUGGAAGAUCAGCAACUGACUGGUUAAAAUCUGCUCGGGCUGUUCUGCAAACACCUAAGAAAAAGGUAGACAACAGUUUGAAGAUCCUAGACAAUUCUGCAAAGAAAAGAAAAUUACUAAGAGGAGGACUAGCAGAAAGAUUGAAUAGACUGCAGAACCGAGAGAGGGCUGCCAUUAGCUUUUGGAGACAUCAUUGUAUUUCAGAUUAUCAAACGCCAUCAGGAAGUAAGGAAGGUGUACUGGUUGUGAAGAUCUUGGAAAUGCAUGAAGAAUGCAGUCUGUGCAUAUCUUUCUGCCAUCAGUUAGAACAAAACUGUGCUGCCAAUUCUUCUGUCAAAGAAAUUCAGCCAAGAAUUAAAGUUCUUUUUACAAAAGAAACUGUCAUUCGUCUUAAGGCAGCUCCACAGGAUGUCAUAUGUAUCUAUCCUCCUUGGCAAAAACUUCUUCUACUGAAUGAAAAUGUUCCAGUUAUUCUGAAUACUUACUUUAGCCAAAAGGUGUUUCUAAAGGAAGAAAAAGAAAUGCAUAAGCCAUGUUUUGAAGAGCCAUUGCUUACAAAAAGAAACAUAUCUCUGGCCCAGAUAUUCAGUUUAUCUGAUGCAAAAGAUAGUCAACCGCAAGCAUCUGCAGUUAAUCAGGCUUCCUGUCCCAAUAUGAAGGCUUUCAAGGCUACACACACUCAUAACAAUAGUGAAUCCAAACUAUCCCCCUUUGUAGUUACUUCCUUGAGUGACUCUCUUCUUGAUAUUGUGGAAAUGCAAGGAAGAACUGGAGGAAGAAGAAUACAGGUGCAGGUGGUUGUUCAAAGAGUGUAUUAUCUGCUUGCUAAAGAAGGCUUUAGAUGCCAUCUUCAAGGAAAUGACCCUGCCCAAAACACCACACCGUUACUAAAUUCAGAUCUGUCAAAUGUUAGAUUAUGUCUUCUUCUUCAAGAUGCUUAUGGGAUGUUCAGUGAGGUUCAGUGUCAGAUCUUAUCUUCGUCUCUAGAGCGGAUUGAAGAAUAUAGCAGAAGGUGGGAAGGAAAAUACUGUAAUGUAACUGGAAUGAAAGUUCUGCACAGAGCCACCAGAGGAAGAAAGCUGGGGCUUUUUCGCCUAAUAGACAGUUUAUGGCCUCCAGUGUUCCCUCUAAAAGUUCCUGGUCAUAGUCAAGAGAAUGAAAUGAUGGCAAUAAACCUGCCCCCUCCUAGUUUCUGUUACAUUCUUGAUGCUCAUCCUGAUCACAUUAAUGCUAAUGAGAGAGAACAACUUUCAGAUCUGUAUUCUCCUCCAGCUGUAUACACUCUCAAGAAAAUUAUUCAGAUGUGUGACUUAAAUAAGUGUUGCAGCUUUUGGGCACAUGUUAUACAUCAAAGACUGAAGGUAACAAGUAGUGCUCCCUCAAGCCAAAUACAUUUUUGGCUGUUUGUGACUGAUUUCUCACUGCAGGAUGAGGCCGAGGUCAGUUCUGGAUUUCCCAAAACACUACCAGUCUCUGUUGCUUCCUCGUGUGUGGUUGAUGUGGAAGUUAUGGAAGUACUCAAGAAUACUUCCCAUUGUGUUGUUUUCUUCAAGGAUGCACUUUGUGAAAAUGGUAGGAUUAUUUGCAUUGAACGUACCAUUCUCUUGUUACAAAAGCCCCUUUUGUGUAUGGCUGCUUGUGCUGACAUCACUGAACUCACUAGCCCUGUAAAACUAGAUGAGCUGGAUUCUGCAACUCAAGUCAAUUCCAUUUGUGCCGUAAGAGGCACUGUUGUUGGUGUUAAUGAGGGAACUGCUUUCUCCUGGCCUGCAUGCAACAGAUGUGGAAGUGGAAAAGUACAGCAGCAUCCCCAAGACAGGGGAUCGCUGUCCUGCAGCCGAUGUUCAGAAGCCUUAAUUUCUCCAGUUCUCAAAAUGCACCUAGAAGUCUUUCUGUACUGUAAGUCCCGGCCACUUUGCACAGUAAAAGUAAAGCUCCUUCAAAGGACCAUUUCUUUGCUUCUGAAGUCUUCCCCUACUAAGGAUGGGAGUUAUGAAGUGAAGAGUGUGCUUGGAAAGGAGGUGGAGGGUUUAUAUUGUUAUGUCCAUUCUGUAACGAGCCACCCAUCUUGCUGUGUGGGACUGGAAGAAAUUGACCUCUCUUCUUCUGAAAGAAAGGAUAGUCUGUCUACAAACUUUUUAAUGUAGUUGUUAUGUAUUACCAGUAGACUGUAUGUGAUUGUGGAUGUGCUAUCAACUGUGUAGUAUAUUGAGAGAUGACUUGGAAAAUAGUUUUUUUUAGCAUUCAGUACUGGGCAUGAGCCCAGUAUCAAACAUUUUGAAAUCCUAUUGAUCUGAAUUUGAGAAAUGUAAUGUGCACGAGACACCUCUGUUGAAAUAAAUGGAAUUUACAAGUGCAAAUGUUUGGUUAGAUUAUACCCAUUGUAUGUAUAUUUCUGAUCAGUGAUAAGCCAUUUCAGAGCACAGCAUUUAAAUAUAUUUUUCCAGCAGUAUAGUGUUCAUAUGGAAACUGAUUUUUGUAAAGAGUUCAAGGGGCUGUAAUGUUGUUUAUGAGUAGGUGUGAAUAGCUUUUCAAUUCACAUUCUGAGAUAAUUUUUCCAUUUAUGUUCUGAGCUAAACAUUUGAAAAUAUUAAUGUAAAGGUUCUAAUAAUUAUUUCUUGGAUAAUAUGCAUUGAAACUUAAGUUUGCUUGAGAUGCCAUGGUAUAAUGCAGAUCUGUAUUUAUUAAUAAAUUCAAAUAAAUAUUA